AUGUCCCCCCCCAAAAAACAGGUGAAGCUGGCGGUAAUGCAUGGAUCUACACGUUAUAUCCCCUUGACGGAUCUAAAUGUAGAGGAAUCAUGUUUCGUCGGUAUACAGAGUCUCUUCACAUCUAUCUACGUAUCUAAAACUUUUCAUAUCUAUCUAUCUAUCUAUCUAUCUAUCUAUCUAUCUAUCUAUCUAUCUAUCUAUCUAUCUAUCUAUUUAAAUCCAUUCAUUAUUUAUCUGUCAAAGUCUCUUCACAUCUAUCUACUCUCUUCACAUCUAUCUACGUAUCUAAAACUUUUCAUAUCUAUCUAUCUAUCUAUCUAUCUAUCUAUCUAUCUAUCUAUCUAUCUAUCUAUCUAUCUAUCUAAAUCCAUUCAUUAUUUAUCUGUCAAAGUCUCUUCACAUCUAUCUACGUAUCUAAAACUUUUCAUAUCUAUCUAUCUAUCUAUCUAUCUAUCUAUCUAUCUAUCUAUCUAUCUAAAUCCAUUCAUUAUUUAUCUGUCAAAGUCUCUUCACAUCUAUCUACUCUCUUCACAUCUAUCUACGUAUCUAAAACUUUUCAUAUCUAUCUAUCUAUCUAUCUAUCUAUCUAUCUAUCUAUCUAUCUAUCUAUCUAUCUAUCUAUCUAAAUCCAUUCAUUAUUCAUCUGUCAAAGUCUCUUCACAUCUAUCUACGUAUCUAAAACUUUUCAUAUCUAUCUAUCUAUCUAUCUAUCUAUCUAUCUAUCUAUCUAUCUAUCUAUCUAUCUAUCUAUCUAUCUAUCUAAAUCCAUUCAUUAUUUAUCUGUCAAAUCUCUUCACAUCUAUCUACGUAUCUAAAACUUUUCAUAUCUAUCUAUCUAUCUAUCUAUCUAUCUAUCUAUCUAUCUAUCUAUCUGCACACACACACAAACACACACAUAUAUAUAUGUAUAUACAUAUGACUCCCUUCAUUAUCUAUCUAUCUAUCUAUCUAUCUAUCUAUCUAUGA